AUGAUAGGCAACUACAAUGCAGUCAGAAAGCUGGAGAACCACUUUGAAGGACUGGAGCUUCAUCAUGUACCUCGACUCAAGAACCAAGCAACUGAUGAUUUGGCCAAUAUAGGCUCCACUCGGAAGGAUGUCCCCAAGAAUGUGUUCCUUGAGCACCUACACUGUCCCAUGAUCAAGGAAGACCCUUUCGUGAAGGAGGCCCCGCAACCAGUCGGUCCAUCAAAUCCGACCGAGGUGGACAUUCCUGCGGUGAUCGACCUGGUCCAAGAGGUCCUUGUUAUCACUCCCAAAUGGACCGAACCCUAUUUGGCUUACCUGCUCAGGCAGGAGCUCCCGGAAGAUGCAGCUGAGGCUCGUCAGAUCGUCCACUGGUCUAAAGCCUUCACCAUCAUGGGAGUCACCCAGCGCUGCAUAUCACAAGAAGAAGGAUAA